AUGUCUUUUUCAACUGAUCAUAUAAAUAAUAAACUAGAUAAUCUAUCUUUGGUAGAUCAAUCAUCAAAUUCAACUUCAAAUAAUCAAUCUACAACUUCUUCCUCAAAUCGACUGAAUUAUAAUGAUGAUGAAGAUGAAGACGAUGAUGAUGAAGAUGUUGAUAUUGAUAGUUCUGGUUUAAUGUUGAAUGCCUCCAAUAACUCAAACGCCACCUUCAUACCGUUACUUCAAUCAAAUAAUAACAAUAACACAUCGAAUCAAAUCAAACAAAUACCAAAGAAAUCAUUAUUAUCAUCUUCAUUAGCAGGUGAAAAGAGAAAUAUUAUAAAUUCAACCACUUCAAUCAAUUAUAAUACCAUAAAUGAUCAACCUCAUUAUACUUCUUCAUCCCAUACCAAUUUCACUCAAAGUCAAUCUAUAAAUAUCGAUAUACCGACAAGUAAAUCAUCAUCAAAUUAUACUGAUGAACAUCCAGAACCAGAAUUAUUAGCAACUUCAGUAGGUAAAGAAAUCGAUGGUACAUUACUUCCAUCUUCUUCAACUAUAAGUUUAUUAUCUUUAAAUUAUAAUCACGAUCAAUCACAACAAGCACCAAUCCAUCAUCAUCAACCACAACCACAACAACAACAACAAUAUUUAUAUAAUCAAAAAUCUCCUAAAGUUUUACAACAAUCAACUUUUCAACAACAACCUCCUUUACAACAACCAACCUCAAUAGAUAGAAAAAAUUCAUUCAGUAAUAUUAUAAGUAGAGGUUCUUUAACUCAUUUAAAUCAACAACGUUUACAACCAUAUCAAAGAUUAACAUCUCCUCCUCCUCCUCCUCCACCAGCAUCUUCUGCAUCAUCAAAUCCAACUACAUCUAAUGUAACUCAUUAUUAUCCUGAAUAUAUCUUGUCUCACUCUACAACUACAGCUCAAACUAUACCAACCAAGAAUAAUUUACCUUCAAAUCCAAAUGAUAUGGUUAUGGAAGUACCUGAAUCACCCUAUUUAGAUGCAACAUCAGUGGGUGGAUCACCAUCUCGAUUCUGGUUAUCAUCUCAAACUCCUCCUAAUGGUCAAAGAACCUUAAAUAGAAAUCACAUGUAUCAACCCCAACAUCCAACAUAUAUCCCAUUAACUAAUGUCAAUAAUACAACUCAAGUUAGUUCUUCAAUUCCAAUAAAUUCAACUACAAAUGGAGGUGAUUCACCUACAUUGGAUCCAGUUCAAACUCCAUUAGAAGAUCCACCUAUGACACCAUUAUAUCUUAAUAAGAAUAUAAGUCCUAGUGUUGCACAAGAUUCAUAUUUUGGGAAUUAUAGGAUUGAUGAACAAACGGUUCAAAAUAGUAUUAAUAAUAAUGAUGAUGAUCUUGACGAUGAGAUUGAUGAAGUGAUUGGGAAUCUGACUAAAGUCAAUGAUUACGAGAUGAAGUAA